UCUUCAUUUCCAGCGAAGGUCCUCGUGUUUAACAGCUUAGCAAUCCAAUAUCGCUCGGGAGCGUCCUGAUCCUGCAGCAGGCGUGAGGCCCAGGGCCAGCUGGUGCUCCAGAAGCCAGCCGGUGCAGGCACCCUUCGCCAAACCAAGCCUGCCGGAGCUUUGGCUGGAACAGAAGAGGCACCGGGGCUCCUGGCUGCCUGGAAAAUCCGGCCUCUGAAUCCCAGGCAUGCGAUGUUUCCUGGGAUCACCAGUGCGGAAGGAAUGCCCUUCUGCGAACUUGGGAAGCUCUCCGGGCUUCUGAUGACCCAGGCCCAGCCAGACACAAAGCUCAAGCUGGCUCUAGAACUGACAUGUAUUCUGGGAGCUGGUGACAAGCCAACCAGCAGCAGACACCCUAUUUAUAGGGGCUAAGGCCGGCCCCCCUUUCUCAAGGCCCCCUGCGCCAGGAGCUGCAUGCUGGAAGCUGCUCCGCUGAGGAGUUCAGAGCGCGCAUCAAGGCCUCCUCCUUCCUCCUUCAGGGCCUCCACACAAUGUCCCUUGGGGCCAGAGGAGGGGCUUGCUGGGAGCCUGCCAAGAGGGCUGGUUCCUGGCAGGGCCGAGGGACAGGCUGGCGCGGGAGGGGCCGCAAGGAGCCUCUGCAGUGCCAAGACAUGGUGGUCCAGAACGCCCUCUACACGGGGGACCUGGAGCAGGUGCAGCGGCAUUUCUCAGAGCGGGCUGAAGUCGACCUCAUUAUUCUGGCCAAGAGCCAUGACCUGCGCUGGACCAGCCAGAAAUGGGGGCUCUGGGCACUGACCUACAAGCAGGAGCUCACCACCCCUCUCCAUAUCACAGCAAGCCGUGGCUACGUGGACUGCCUGCGCCAUCUGCUGCUCCGGGGGGCAGAGGUGGACUUGGCCCCUGGGGGCCAGACAGCGCUGCACGUGGCCUGCACAGCGGCCAUGACGGACUGCGUCAGGCUCCUCCUCUCUUCUGGUGCUGACCCCGAGGCCAUCUCUGAGGAUGGGUUCAAGCCCUUGCACCUGUGCCAGAGCGCAGGAUCCUUUGCGUGUGCUCAGCUCCUGCUGCGCCAUGCUGCAAGCGUGAACAGCAUCUCUGAGGAGGAAGAGGACACCCCCCUGCACAUGGCUGCACGGCUUGGCCUGGUGGAGCACGUGCGGCUUUACCUGAGCUAUGGAGCCAGCCUGGAGGCCAGGAACACUGAGGGACAAACACCGCUGAACGCGGCCUGUGCCCAGUCGCACCCUCCCCAUGCCAUGGAGGACUAUUACCAAGUGUGCCAGCAGCUGGUGAAUGUUGGUGCCCACGUGAACACCUCUGACCGUGAUCGCCAGCGCCCGCUCCACCAGGCCUGCAAGAACACCAACCCCGGAGUGGUAGAGCUGCUCCUUGCCCAGGGGGCCAACGUCAACAUCAUGAGCUACAGUGGCAACACAGCCAUGCACAACAUCCUGCAAGUGGCAUCCUACAAGCUGGACCACCAGCCGGAGCAGGUGGUGCGGGACCUGCUCAACCAUGGGGCGGUCCGGGUCUGGCCAGGAGCCCUUCUCAAGGUGCUUCGCCAUUGCUGUGCCUCCCCCCGCACAAUCGAGGCCCUGGUCAACAGUUAUGAGCGUGUGCGUGUCACAGAGGAGUGGGAAGAGGCUGUCCCAGCUGAGCUUGUGCAGAAGCACCCCAGGUUUUUCCAGUCGCUCUUCUCCCUGGGCCAGAGCCCCCGAUCCCUGCAGCACCUGGCUCGGUGUGCCCUCCGGAGGUGCCUGGAAGGGCGGCUUCUGCAGGCCCUCCCGGAGCUGGGCCUGCCACUCUCCCUGCAGCAGUUCUUGCUGCUCCACUUUGAGGACGUCUUAUACUAGGGCCGAGCCCCUGCCCGGAGGUCUGGAGGGAGCCGAGGAAAGGCCUCACCCAAAACAAGACAGCCCCUUCCCCCGACCUUCUCUUUGGGGCUGGUCAAGGCAUCUCUGCCUCUGGCACCGUGAGCUGCAGCUGCUCAGGGCAAACACCCCUCCUGUUCUGCACAACAAGGACAUCCCCAGUGAAUCCUGCCUUUUGCUUCUGUGAUGGUGAGCCAGCAGGCCGCCCCUCGCCAC